UAACACCAUGUCAGUCUCUGCUGGGCUGAAAAUGAACCUCUUCACAUCACGUGGGUUUACACGUCACUGGGUGUAAAAGAGCGGCUGAUCGACUGUGCACAGAUAUACAGCAUUUGCGUGUUGAGCGCGCGCACUUCAGCAGCCGGAUCCUCUAGCUGCGCGUGCGCAAACUUGACCCUCGGUCUACUGAGAUCAUGUGUGGAAGGACAGCCUGCACUCUUGCUCCUGAUGAGGUCAGGCGUGCUUCUCGGUACCGAGACCGGUCCGGACAGCAGAGAUGGCCUCAGUGGAGGGACGGCGAUGCCGAUAAAUACCGACCCUCUUACAACAAGAGCCCUCAGUCCUUCAGUCCGGUUCUGCUCUCCAACAGACACUUUAAUCAGGGAGCCGCAGUGGAUGAUUGCGUGCUGGCGACGAUGCGGUGGGGUCUGGUGCCGGCGUGGUUCAAGGAGAACGACCCGAGCAAGAUGCAGUACAGCACCUCUAACUGUCGCAGCGAGAGCUUGCUGGAGAAGAAAUCUUAUAAGGACCCUCUGUUGAAGGGGCAGCGUUGUGUCAUUCUCGCCGACGGCUUCUACGAGUGGAGGAGGCAGCAGAAAGGCAAGCAGCCUUUCUUUAUCUAUUUCCCCCAGAGCCAGGCAGAUCAGCAGGACAAGGAGGAGAGAAAGCUGAAAAGUGAUGAACCAUGUGAAGGGGAUGCUGAAGAGGGCAGUGAGUGGGCAGGUUGGCGUCUGCUCACCAUGGCGGGGCUAUUUGACUGUUGGACUCCUCCUGGUGGUGGGGAGGUUCUGUACACCUACACCGUGAUCACUGUGAACGCCUCACCAAACCUGCAGAGCAUCCAUGACAGGAUGCCGGCCAUUCUGGAGGGAGAAGAGGAGGUGAGGCGAUGGCUGGAUUUUGGGGAGGUGCGCUCACUGGAAGCUCUGAAGUUGCUUCAGUCUAAAUCCUGCCUGACCUUUCACCCCGUCUCUUCAUUCGUCAACAACUCGCGCAACAACUCCCCCGAGUGCCUGCAGCCGCUGGACCCUGCCGCCAAGAAGGCUCCUCCUCAGGCUUCAGCCAGCAGUAAGAUGAUGAUGAGCUGGCUGCAAAGUGGCUCGCCCAGCAAGAGGACAGCAGCCGAUGAUGCCGAACCUCAAGAAAUGGAAGAAAAGCCUCUCUCCGGGCAGCAGAAGUCCAAAGCUGUCGGGCCGCUACAGCAGUGGCUGUUGGGAAGCGAGGCCAGGAAGAGACCAAAAACAGAAAGCUCCUGACCUUUAAUACUGUUAGUUAGGUUCACAGCACUGAAUGCAACAGUAAUUCUUUAGAAAUGAACAAAUGCUCUGAUCACAUUUUUUUGUUUCCUCCAACACAAGUAUUUUAAAUCUUGCACUUUCACAAAACACACACCCUGCAGUGUAUCUUCUGUUUUGCAUGAGUUUCACACCAAUUUCCUGAGUUUGUUUGCAGUAUUCAAAAAGUAGAGGGAGAAAGAGACCAGGCAGUUAAAAUCUACUGCACGUGUUGUAUGAUUCUGUGUAAUGACAGUUGUAUCUAAAAUGUUUACCUUCACCAAAAAUGCUAAGGAAAAACUGUAGACCCAAGAUUACACCUGUCAACACUCCUCAUUAAGCUUAAAUAAAGCACAGUGCAAAAGA